AUGAGCAGCGGAGCACAACGACGGUUGUUGGCGGACUUGCGCGAGCUCGAGCGCCAGCCCCUGCCCAUGGUGUCCGCCCGGAUACCGCGAGCCAUUCAGAAGGCGCGGGCCUUCUCCUGCCACACGUGCCCGCACGUCCCCGGCUGCCCUUGGCCUCCAGUCGUCACGAAGCUGGAGAUCAAUCAGCUGCCGAAGAAAGAGGCGGACAUCAUCAGGGAGGAACUCGACGUGCUGGGCAUCGACAUCUCCUUGAUCUGGAACAACCGGAAGAACGAACCGUCGGAGAUUAACACCAACCUCGACCUACUGUCCUACACGGCCUACUCAGUGGAUAGCGUGCGGCAAACUGUGAUGGGCGAUGCCUUCACGCACUGGCUCCCUCUAUGCAACGAGGGCCGGUUCCGCCCCGAGAUGGCGUUCGAGACGCUGGCCAAGCUGUGCAACACGAUGGUCGUCAACGUGAUGGCCGAGCGCACCCACGCCUCGCUCAAGGCGCUGAGCGGGUACUGCGCGUUCCAGCGGCUCAUACUGCACUUCGCCCGCCAGUACCCGUCGUUGGUGAAGGCGGCCAACAGCAUGGUCGACAUGUUCGUCGAGAACGAGUCCUACCGCACCAAGGAGGUGGUCAAGGCCCUGGGCGAGUUCCUGCCGCUGCUCACCAUCACCGAGAAGUCGUGGAAGGACAUCGCCCUGGCCUAUCUCUACGAGAGCUUUGACCGCAACGUGCGGUGGAUGCUGCAGAAGUUCCCCAUGCUGGCCACGACGCAGCCCGACCCGAUCGUCGACGAGAAGCGAUGCGCCCUCACCUUCGAGAGCAGCAUCGUCAGCCUGCGUCUGCUGUUGUUUCACGUCUAUUUCCUGGAGAACGUGGGGCGGCCGGAGGGAAUGUCGCUCGAGGACAUCGCCCAGGGCUACGACGCCAUGUACGGCAUGCCCUCGGCCAAGAUGAAAGAAUCGCUGCAGGAGGCGUGCAAGCAGAUCCAGCAGGUGGCGUCGUGGGACGAAUACUUUGCGCGCAUCGGGGUUAAGGCGCCCACGCGCGACGAGCUCACCGAAUGGCUGCGUCAAUCAGUUGCCAAUUCUGCGCGGAAGGGCUAUCACGACCCGAGAAAAUAUAGCCGUUACCUCACCGAAAAGUACGGAGAGGACGAAUGCGAGCUUGUCGAUGGACAGACGCGGCCGAGGCGAUGA